CUGCCAAGCGCCCACGAGCGGCUCCGAGGCCGGCCAGCUCUCAUGCGCCAUCUGAUCGCCGCUGCCCAUCCGCUCCGGCACUAUGAUCGAGUGGUCUAAGAUGCAAGAUUAAGGCUACCGUCCGGCUCUUGUCCUUCGGGGCGUGGGUUCAAAUCCCACUGGUGUCAUCGUCUUUUGCUGCAGCUGUUGCUGCGAGAUGCGAGGCGUGCGACAUGCGCGUGCGACAUGCUUUUGCCAGCGAGGAGGGGCAACAGCGAGGAGGGCCGAGCAGCGAAGGCGGAAAUUUCCAAUUCUGCGCGCUGCGGCGGACGCGUCUGCGGCGCCGCGCUGUUCCCACGCCGCCACGCGUCUCGUGCGGGAGCUGCCGCGCCGCCGCCGCCGCCGCAUCUCGUCGCUGCCGCGCUGCCGCCACCCGCACGCGUCUCGUGCCGCUCCCACGCCGCGGUGCGUCUCGUGCGGCAGCUACCGCUCCCACGCCGCGGCGCGUCUCGCUGCUGCGCUCCACCACCUCCACCAUGGACCUUUUUCUCCCCCACGCCAAGACGGCCACGCUGCUGGGCAUGCGCAUGCUCAACAAGGCGCGUGAUGAGCUCUACGCCAUGUGCACCACCGGCCAGCCUGUCACGUGGGCAAGGCCCAGGAGGAAGGCAACAGGAGUCUGGCAGGCAGCCACGCAGGAUCUGAGUAAGCUCUGGAAGCCUAGUCAAGAACCUAGACCCUUGCCGGAGAGGAGGGUGUGACA